ACCAGAACGCGCUGGCAGGAGAGAGAGUGUUCACAACAUUGAGAUAAAAGACGUGGUGUAUGAAGAUGACACAGACGGUCCAGACAAAUGGGGUUCAACCCCUCAGCAAGACCUGGGAGCUCAGUCUAUAUGAAUUACAGAGAACUCCACAGGAGGCCAUCACGGAUGGUCUGGAGAUUGCAGUGUCCCCACGCAGCCUGCACAGUGAGCUUAUGUGUCCCAUCUGCCUGGACAUGCUGAAGAACACUAUGACCACCAAGGAAUGCCUGCACCGUUUCUGUGCCGACUGCAUCAUCACUGCUCUCAGAUCAGGGAAUAAGGAGUGUCCAACAUGCAGAAAGAAGCUGGUGUCUAAGCGCUCUCUUCGUCCAGACCCUAACUUUGACGCUCUGAUCAGUAAGAUCUACCCCAGCAGAGACGAAUACGAAGCCCACCAGGAGAGAGUGCUGGCCCGCAUCAGCAAACACAACAACCAGCAGGCGCUCAGCCACAGUAUCGAAGAAGGCCUAAAAAUCCAGGCCAUGAACAGACUGCAGCGGGGGAAGAAGCAUCAAAUUGAAAACGGCAGCGGGGCAGAGGACAAUGGGGACAGUUCACAUUGCAGCAAUGCAUCAGUGCACAGUAACCAAGAGGCUGGACCCAGCAUCAAACGAACCAAAACCUCAGAUGACUCUGGACUGGACAUGGACAAUGCCACUGAGAAUGGAGGAGGAGACAUUGCGCUGGAUGGAGUCAGCGAGAUUGAGCUCGUGUUUCGUCCUCACCCAACGCUGAUGGAGAAAGAAGACGCCGCUCAGACAAGGUACAUCAAGACUUCAGGGAACGCCACAGUGGACCACCUUUCCAAAUACUUGGCUGUCAGAUUGGCUCUGGAGGAAAUGCGCAAGAAUGGAGAGGCAAGCCCCAUCAAUGUAGAGGCCGCCAGUGAAAAACAGUACACAAUCUACAUCCCUACAGCAAGCAACCAGUUCACAGUCCUGAAUGGCUCUUUCUCCCUGGAGCUGGUGAGCGAAAAGUACUGGAAGGUCAACAAGCCCAUGGAGUUGUACUUCGCCCCAACGAAGGAACACAAAUGAGCCCUGUGAGACACAAGGGUCUUAAUUGACCCAGGACAGAUUGAAGGUUCAUCCUCUCCUCUCUUCUCUCUCUCCCUGUUCCUUUCUGUAUUUUUCUCGCUGUUUCUCCUCAUCUGGAGUUUACUAGUCUCUGGAUCCCUCAAUAACUGUGCUGCUUUGAUUUGGUUUUGUUUUUUGUAUGGCUUUUUGUAUGGGAAUGAGACUAGGGUCCUUCAUCGGGGUUGGAGGGACAUUGAAGUUUUGGAUUCAUCCCCCCUCUUUAAGUUGACACAAUCGUUAUUACAUGUGAAGUCCUUUUUGCAUCAAGAGGACUGUGACGUUGCCUUCAACAAGCCAAAAUAUUAGUCUCCAAUUGCAACCGUAUCAUCAUGGGAAAGUCCUCUCGAGUGCUUCAUGUAAGACUCUGUCAGAAAGUGGCUUUUGUAGCCAAUGGCGCUGUCCAUUAUAAUCCGACUUGACCAAUGAUUUGAGAGAUUUCAAGUGCAUUUUCUGACAACACCAUUCCUGUAGCAGCAACAUUUGUUCACAAAUCUGACUGCAUCUUGACACUGUGUACCAGUACAUUGCGUUGGCUUGGGUCACAUGACAGCGUCAUGUCACUUGUCCGCAGUACUGUGUUGGUCAUCAGAUGUUUCGGGGAUUGUACAUACUACUAUCACUUUAUAGAAAACUACCUGGAACAUGUAUAUUAACACCACUGCUACAGAUAUUAUAGUACCGUUUCAUAAACACACACAGUUGGCAGUUGUAUAUUUGGACUCAGUUUUUGAUAGUUGCAUUUUUCUUAGAUGCUUCAUCUAAAGACAUGGAAAACCUUUUAGAGCAUUAAGUGUUUUUAGUUUGACAUCCUCGACAUUCAUUUGAGUUCAUGUUGUGGUUUGGAAAAAAUGUAUAAGACGUUCUUUGUUUGAAAAAUAAAUAAAAAAUGUAUGCAAAUGCUGCA